AUGGUGAUUUGCAAGCGUCGGGGAUGUGGUGUCGACUUUCAACCGGAGGCGGCGAAGGAGGCAGGACAAUGUACCUACCACCCAGGUGCGCCCGUCUUCCACGAGGGCCUCAAGUCGUGGUCAUGCUGCCGCGAGACGAACAAGCCGGUGAUGGAAUUUGACCAGUUCCUGGCCCUGAAAGGAUGCGCGACCGCGCCCGAGCACACGACCGAGGCGCAGGCCCCCGCACCGACGCAGGUGCCGGGCGGCAAGGUGGCGAGCACCGCCGAGGUGUCGCAGACGGCCGAGGCGCUCGACAAUGUGAAGCUCAAGGAGUCGGCGCCUGCGCCCUCCAACCCGGCCCCCCUUGCGCCAAUGGCCGCGCCGAAGCCGAGCGCACCGAAAGAGCCUGCGCCCGAGCCCAAGGACCCCGAAACACUCCAGGCGGUGCCCAAGGGCACGCGCUGCCAGCGCCCUGGCUGCAACUUUACUGCCGAGGACGACAUUCCGAUGCGCGAUCGCGCGAACGAGUCGUGCAGGUACCACCGCGGCACGCCCAUCUUCCACGAGGGCUCGAAAGGCUACACAUGCUGCAAGCGCCGCGUCCUGCACUUUGACGACUUCCUCGGCAUCGAGCCGUGCACGACGGCGGAACACGGCCACCUGUUUGCGCCCCCGGUUCCCAAGGACGGCGCGACGGUCGACUGCCGCAUCGACCACUACGAGACGCCGGCGGAUGUGCGCAUCACUGUAUACGCCAAGUCAGUCGUUGCGGAAAACUCUACGAUCGACUUUGGCGCCGACGAGGUGCGUCUCGACCUGGAACUGGCGCCGGUCGGGUCCAUCACGCAUACCCGCCGCUUUGCGCGUACGCUGCACCCCUAUGCAGCGAUCGAUCCCGAAAAGUCAUCGUACACUAUCGGAAAAAUGAAGCUCGAUAUGGUCCUCGUCAAGGCGGCGUCGGGCCAGAGCUGGCCUGCGCUGGAGCGCGGCGAUCCUGUGUAUGGAUACGGCGUGACCUUUGGCAACAAACGUUGA